CACACGAGUUGUCAUUUUCCCAAGUGCGGCGCGGUUAUUCAGAGUCAGAGGACUAUUCGCAGGGCAUUGAUUGUAUUUUUUGAACAUUUUAAGUAAAGAUGAGGUAUGGGCAGCUUGUAAUGGGGCCCGCCGGUAGUGGAAAGUCCACCUAUUGUGCGACAAUGCAGCGACAUGGCUAUGAUGAUAAACGGGUUAUCAAAGUGGUCAAUUUAGAUCCAGCAGCGGAGCAUUUCGAAUACCAACCUUUCCUCGAUAUACGGGAUCUGAUUCAGUUGGACGACGCAAUGGAGGAUGAAGAGCUUCACUAUGGCCCAAAUGGGGGGUUAGUGUUUUGUAUCGAGUAUCUGGUCGAACACUCCGAUUGGUUGCGCGAUCAGCUGUGUGGCGUUGGUUCUGAUGAUGAUGAGGAGGGCAUCGAAGAACCGGACGAUGACUACGUGCUAUUUGAUAUGCCUGGCCAAAUAGAGUUGUACACGCACUUAAAAGCGGGAAAUAAGUUAGCCAGAUUACUCGAGUCAUGGAACUUUCGACUGUGUUCCGUCUUUCUGGUUGACUCACAGUUCAUGAUUGAUGGGUCGAAGUUCCUGUCCGGCACGAUGGCAGCGCUGAGCGUGAUGGCCAACAUGGAGCUCCCGCAUGUGAACGUACUGAGCAAAAUGGAUCUGCUUAGCAAAGGCUACCGUGGACAGAUGGACAAAUAUCUGGACCCCGAUCCACACGCGCUGCUCGGAGAGGUUACAAACGAAUCGGCUUGGGGACGAAAGUAUCACAAACUGUCGGAAGCAAUCGGCAAUCUGAUAGAAGACUUUAGCUUGGUUCGUUUUACCCCACUCAAUAUCAAUGACGACGAAAACGUGUCCGAUUUAUUGCUGAUGAUUGACAAUGUGAUACAAUACGGCGAGGAUGCGGAUGUCAAGAUACGGGAUUUCGAUCCACCGGAAGAGGAAGAAGCGGAGGAUCCGGACAGGCAUUACAACGAAGGUUGAACUUUGCACGGAGUGUUUUCGACUCUGAAAACAUUCAUACUUCUUAUAUUUGUCAAUAAAGAUUAUCGAUAUAGGCUUAUUUACAUGAGUGUUGACUGUGAGCGUUUUCUCCCAUUUAUGGCCCUA